CGACAUAACCACUUAAACCCGUGAAAGUUGCGCUCGCUGCGCACACACAGACACAAUGAUCCGUUUAACGGUGGUUAUCUUAGCGCUGGUGGCGGCGGCCGCGGCCCUGCCCGCCGAGCUGCCCAAUCCCGGGGAAUUAGUCUUCGUCCUGAACGAAGACGACUGGGAUGACUAUCUGGACGGUUGGCUCGCAAAUGAGCAGCUUAAGUCGGGGGCCAACUUCACCAGCCGCAACGGAGCUCGAAAUGGGUGUACCUUCAGAGUGAACGGAGACCUCGGGCAGCCUCAGCCGGUGUACUUGCGCGGAGGGAACUAUCUAACCGCCGACGGAAACUCAGGCCAGAUCCGGCUGAGCUCCGGAGAGCAGGUCACCAUCGCCUGCACCGGCUCCGGCCGCACUAUCCAGCACCCCAACCUCGCGACCUCGGGACUCCAAAUAGCUACUGCUACUUGUGCCAGUGACGACCUGGUGAGCGGCAGCGGUUGGCUGAAUGGAAACGGCGCGUUCGGCGGUUUCACGUGCAGUGCUCACUCCUACCACGACGCCGUCGGCACCACCAGCAGAUGCUACAAUGAUAACUUACUUAUCCAGGUGGGUUUUAUUGUUAACGGGUGGAUGUAUCCCCUGUACGUGUCCUGCUUCGACCAGAACCGCCUAGAGGUCCUGUACGUCGUGUACGAGCAGACCCCUGCCAACGCCGUCCACCAAACUGGCGUCGACCGCCCAAGUUGGCUAGUUGGUAGCUUUUUCCCCGGUGUGGGAGUGAACACCGCCUACACUCAAGUCCAGCAGAAGAUCUCCAUAGCUAAUGUGGUCGGGCAAGAACUGGCCGACAAGUACGUCACGACCACGCAGUUCCUGGCGCGCGGACACUUGGCGGCCAAGUCCGACUACGUGUUCGCCACCGGCCAGCGAGCCACGUUUUGGUUCGUUAACGCCGCUCCGCAGUGGCAACCGUUCAAUGCUGGCAAUUGGAACUGGCUGGAACAGAACGCUCGUGCUCGCAUUGGCGUCGCCGGCUACAACACGAUCAUUUACACGGGCACGUGGGGCGUGACGCAACUGCGCGACGCCAACGGCGUGCUGCAAGACAUCUACCUGCACCGCGACGCCAACAACAACCCGCAGUUACCCGUGCCACUCUACUUCUACAAGGUGAUCUACGAUGAAUCCCGCCGGCUGGGCACCGCGUUCGUGAGCAUCAACAAUCCCUGGUACACGGAAGAGGAGGUGCGCGCGCUGACGUUCUGCACGGACCGCUGCCGCACCGACGCCUUCAGCUGGAUCGGCUGGCAGCCCGACCGCAUCGACCUGGGCUACAGCUUCUGCUGCGACGUCGACGAGUUCAGGAGGACGGUGCCCCACCUCCCGGCGUUCACUGUUGACGGCCUUUUGUCAUAAUU